AUGGCUCAACAAAACAGUCCGUCCAAGUCCCUGACAGGCGUCGCCGAUGAGGAUCAUCCAGACGCGUCCUCUCAAGCCAUUUCUAACACCAACCUUCCCAUAGAUCCCUCGAUUUCUCAGGCUAGCCCAACUUAUCCUCCGUACUCUCCAUACGGUCCACAAGACCAGUCGAUGCAUCAACAGUACCCUCCCAACUACGGCCACAACAUGCCGCCUCGCCCGCCGCCCGACCAAGCUUGGGGUGGCUAUCCGCCGCAGCACGGUAUGCCAGGUCCUUACCAGCAUCCCAGUCAGGUGCCAGGUCCACCGCCAUCGUCCGCAAGCCAACGCCCAGGUCAAGUCUACUCGUUUGUUCCGAUCCCAGGCGCCCAACAACACAAGCGCCCACGCCGUCGUUACGAAGAAAUUGAGCGCAUGUACAAGUGUGGCUGGAAUGGCUGCGAAAAGGCGUACGGCACACUCAAUCAUCUGAAUGCGCAUGUCACUAUGCAGUCACACGGUCAAAAGAGAACUCCAGAAGAGUUCAAGGAGAUUCGCAAGGAAUGGAAGGCUCGCAAGAAGGAGGAAGAGUCCGUCCGCAAGGCCGAAGACGAGCGUGCUCGCCAGGCGCAGGCUGCUCAACAGGCCCAGCAGGUCGAUAAUCAAGGCCCUGAUCCUCAACAUGUCCCACAGUCCGGCUAUCAGCAGAACGGUGGUCGUCCUUCCCUUCCGCCGAUCGGCUAUCAAGGAGCCGAUUCUCAGCACCAGGGCCAAUACGCUCCACAACAGCCAAAUUCGAUGGCCUACCCUCAACAGAAUGGUCAAAUGCAGCCUCCCUACGGCGGCUAUCCUCAAUCGCCUUACGGUCAACAAGGACAGGGUGCGAUGUAUGGCCAGCAACCGCAUGGAGGCCAGUACUAG